UGGAACUACAAUUUUGAAUUUCUUCGUGUGUCUGUCCUGUGAAAAGUACUGCAUUUAAAACUUUAAAAUUAAUGACUAAAGGGUAAAUUGUGUAUUGACAACGGUGUUUUCUGUUUGAGGAUUUUUGGUAUAAUAAGGCAGUUGAAAGGAAGAAGAAAACCAUAAAACAGGUAAUUUCAGCAUUCAAGAAAUGCAGAAGAAAGUAGUUGGGGGUGAACGGCACAUCUACGUAAAACCUAGCAAUGGACUGGAUCCUAGUGGUGCACGCAGGAAGUACCCCAAAGAAAAGCCUGUUCUGGAAAACAGAGAGAUGAGGAACAUCCCCAUAGCUCCAAGUCUAAGCCAGGAAAUCAGGAACAUUGCUGCACAGUCCAGUGGCGCUCUGACCAUCCAUGGCAAGCGAGGGAAGAAGAAGAACCAUCCCAUCAUUCCGACCCCCCUGCCGGAGAGUGCAGAAGGGGUGUAUGGAGAACCAGAACUACAUUCAGCUCUGAGGGUCAGUCAGGCCUUGUGGAAAGUGAGAGAUGAGGAGCCUGACCUAUCCAUGAUGCUCAAGGAGAAGCUCGAGUCUCCAAACACGGCUGCCAGGGUUAAGAAGCAGAGAGCAAAACGAGUGAACGUAUCUGGGUCACGACAAAUCUUCAAUGACCUAGUGUCAGUUGAUGUCAAAGAGCAAGAAUUAGCAGCCCAGUUUGAGGAUCAGCUCCAGAUGAGAGCAACAGCAGUCCAGCCUCGAGCCAGACCCCGUGACCCUGAACCACAGCUAAGUGAUUACCUCAACGUAGAAGAUUACAUCACCACCUGUCCCAUCACCAGCAUACAAGUGCACCCUCCGUUCAACAGUGUCAGGGCUCACAGAGUUGGGAGGGAAGAACUGUGUUGUUUGUAUGGUCAGCUGAUGGAGUGAGAAUUAUAGUGUGUGCAUGUGUAUGAGAGAGAGAGAGAGAGAGAGUG